CUGGAACCCCACACAAGCACACACAUACACGGAUAUCCACACACCACCGUCCACCACUUUUCUUUCUUUUUCUCUCUCUCUUCUUUUAUUGGCUACGAGACUCUUCAUCACUGUUGUCUCCAAGAAUCCACCCCAAAUCCAUCUUCUUCCUUCCAGAAAAGAAGGGUUAUCCAUGGCGAGAGAGAAGAUAAAAAUAAGAAAGAUCGAUAAUAUAACUGCAAGGCAGGUGACUUUUUCCAAAAGAAGAAGAGGGCUUCUGAAGAAAGCUGAAGAACUUGCGGUACUUUGUGACGCCGACGUCGCUUUGGUCAUCUUCUCCGCCACCGGAAAACUGUUUGAGUAUGCUAGUUCCAGUAUGCAAGAGUUACUCGGGAAAUAUAAACUCUACUCGACUAAUAACGUCAAUAAAGUUGACGCACCUUCUCUCAAUCUACAGCUCCUGGAAAGAGAAGAGUCAAGGAUGAGCAAAGAGGUACUUGACAAGAAUCGAGAAUUGAGCCACCUACGUGGCGAGGACCUUAAUGGGUUAACUCUAGAGGAACUUCAACGUUUGGAGAGCUUGCUUGAAGGAGGCCUCAACCGUGUGCUCCAGACAAAGGAUGAACGGAUUGCAAACGAGAUAGCAAGUCUUCAACAAAAGGGUUUUCAGUUGAUGGAAGAGAACAAGCUCUUGAAACAACAAAUGAUGAGUUUGACUUCGGUAGGCAAGAGGCCACGGACAACGGCUGCCGAGUUGGACAAUAUUGUAAUUAACCCAGAAGAUCAAGUGCAGUCAUCGGAAUCUGUUGCUACCAACGUAUACAGUUGCAACAGUGGACCUCCUCCUGAUCAGGAUGAUUGGUCUGAUACAUCGCUUAAACUAGCGUUACCCUUUAAUUGACAAUGGCAAACCGUCGAGGAAAAGGAGAAGGGCGAUGGAUGGUGGUGGUAUUUGAAGGGAAUAAGAAGUGCUGUAUUGAAUUAAGUGUGUAAUUGCAAUGCUUGGUUUUGUGCUUGUUCUAUGAAAACAAAAUGAAGACUUUAACUCGUAUUUUGAAGGUUAUCUAUCUAGUUUCAAUGUUUUCCCCAAGAGAAA